ACUUAGUGAUCUUACUCGAUUGAACUUACACUAAAAAAAAUCCAUAAUUUUAGUUAUACUCAAUGUAUUAAUAAAUUAAAAUUUAGUUUAAAAAAUAUUUCAUUUGUUAGUGUGGAUUUGUGUAUUUGUUACAGCCGCAGCCCUGCUGCGUCUAAACAACAACGGUUGGUAGUAAACAACAAACGUUGAAGGCUCUCCAACAUUCGUAGGAAUUUAUCGUACGGUACCCGCGUCAUCAGGUUUGUGGAGAGCUUUCAUCCUGAUCCUGCCCCAAAUUGACUUCAGUACUAGUCCCUGAAGGCGACAGAUGGUUCCCAUCCUGAUGUGUCAAUGAAUUCAACCAAAAAAAUUUCAUCUAGGUUAUGCCGAUCUUUAACAAGUCUUGAAGAUGAAGAUGUCAAAGAGUAGUGUGGGCUCUGUUACUGGGAAUGACACAAGAGCUGAGCUGGCUGAAUUGGUGAAGAGACGUGCUGAAAUUGCUGAUAAUUUAGCUUCCCUUGAAAGACAGAUAUAUGCCUUUGAAGGUUCUUAUUUGGAGGACACACAGUUAUAUGGAAAUAUCAUUAGGGGUUGGGAUAGAUAUUUAGUGACCAAUAAGAAUACUAACGCUAAAAAUGAUAAGAGAAACAGAAAAUUCAAAGAAGCCGAGAGACUUUUUAGUAAAUCAUCAAUUACAUCCAUGGCUGCUGUUAGUGGCAUUGUAGAACAGGUGGCUGAUAGGUUGGAAGAUAAUACUGAUACAAAUGAUGUCAACUCGGGCAGUGAAGAUAACUCAAAAGAUUCUGUUAAUCCUGGAGUGAAUGGAGAUUCUUCUCGUGAUGCUGCUUCACUUCACAAAGUUUCGAAGAGCUCCCACAAAAUCAAGAAAAGUAACAAAAAGAAUAGACAUCGAUAACUGUCCCAGCAUAGCUGGGAUUAUAUAAAUUCAUGGUGCUUUGUGUUUAAUGGUUUAGCUCUCAAUAUUAUGAGUCAAAGACUAGUACGUAGUAAUAAAAGGAAAUGGUUCUCUUAUGCAAUAUGAAUGUAGAAAUGUUUUGGUUAUUUUCUGAACAUGUAACUUGCACUUAAACUUGUUUAUUCAGGAUUAAGUAAUUUUUAAUAUUGACCUUAAAGCAAUUGUGUAGUCAAUAAAGUUUAAGUCCCAGUUUAGCGUAUUACUUUGUAAUACAGUAUAUACAUUUGAUUAUAGUACAAAUUAUAAUUUGUGAAUAUAACAUUGUUUUUCUUGUUCCUAAGCUUGUUUUUCUUGUUCCUAAGCUUAACUACCGAGCUGUUCUCUUUUUCCACUGAAAAAGCUUAACU